GUGGGAGGGGCUUAGGGGGCGGAAGGUGUCCGGUGUGGCGGCAACCGGGCUUGAGUGUGAUCAGGCUAGUCGACUGGAGCCGGAGCGGAGGCGCUGGGAUUUGUGUCACUUUACGCUCGAUUCGCUACUCCGAGUCUGUCGAUAUGUCCGACGAGGAGCAGGAACAGACCAUUGCCGAGGACCUCGUGGUCACCAAGUACAAGAUGGGCGGCGACAUCGCCAACCAGGCUCUGCGUCUGGUUGUGGAAGCAGCCAAGCCUGGCAUCUCUGUGCUCAGCCUAUGUGACAAAGGUGACGCCUACAUCAUGGCUGAAACGGGAAAGGUCUUCAAGAAGGAGAAGGACAUGAAGAAAGGCAUUGCCUUUCCAACCAGCGUCUCGGUUAAUAAUUGUGUUUGCCACUUCUCCCCUCUGAAGAGUGACCCCGACUACACACUUAAGGAUGGAGAUCUGGUCAAAAUUGACCUCGGCGUUCACGUUGACGGCUUCAUUGCCAACGUUGCUCACAGCUUUGUAGUGGGAGCCACAAAGGAGAACCCCGUCACAGGACGCAAAGCCGACGUCAUCAAAGCGGCCCAUCUUUGCGCCGAAGCCGCUCUUCGCCUGGUCAAACCUGGUAACCAGAACACUCAGGUGACAGAGGCCUGGGGCAAGAUCUCCCAGUCAUUCAAAUGCUCACCUAUCGAGGGCAUGUUGUCUCAUCAGUUAAAGCAGCAUGUCAUCGAUGGAGAGAAGACCAUCAUCCAGAAUCCAACAGACCAACAAAGGAAGGAUCAUGAGAAGGCAGAGUUUGAGGUGCACGAAGUUUACGCUGUGGACGUCUUGGUCAGCACAGGAGAAGGGAAGGCCCGCGAUGGAGGUCUGAGGACUACCAUAUAUAAGAGGGACCCUAGUAAACAGUAUGGGCUGAAGAUGAAGACUUCCCGUACUUUCUUCAGUGAGGUUGAACGCCGCUUCGAUGCCAUGCCCUUCACUCUUAGAGCAUUCGAGGAUGAGGCCAAAGCCCGACUAGGAGUAGUAGAAUGUGCCAAGCAUGAGUUGCUGCAGCCCUUCAGUGUCCUACACGAGAAAGAGGGAGAGUUUGUAGCUCAGUUUAAGUUCACAGUGCUGCUGAUGGCCAACGGGCCUCACAGGAUCACCAGCGGACCCUUCGAGCCGGAGUUGUACAAGUCAGAGCAUGAAGUCCAGGAUGCAGAGCUAAGGACUUUACUACAGAGCUCCGCAAGCAGGAAAACACAAAAGAAAAAGAAAAAGAAGGCUUCAAAGACAGCAGAAAAUGCAGCAGGGCAGCCAAGUGAGGAAACAGACGCGGCAGAAUAACUAGCUGCCUUCACGCCCAUGCAAGAAGAUAACGACCCUGCUGUCCGACGGUCACUCUGAAGAGCUGAUUUCACAAUAUGUCCAAUUUACAAAAGCAACACUGGAACUGGAAGUGCAUAUUUCAUAAGCGACAUUGUUUCUUGAACUCUUGGAUGCCUAACCCUUUACUGCAUUAUAGAAAAGGACAGAAAGGAAAUGAGUGAGUGUGCUUGUUACUUAAUAAAAACUCCUCACCUUACUAGUUACAGCUGAAACAGUCCCCCUCUAAAAUAUCUCAAACUUAACAUUGGGCAUUAACGGGACUAGCAACUUGUUUUUGAUGUCCAAAUUUGAUUAAAGAAUUAUUGAAGCCGUUGCUUUCAGCACAUGUCCAAUCGUGUGUGUGAGGCCAUAUUUCUCUUGAUGAAGCAAAUUAGUGAACGAUUUAAGUCAUGUCAGUUCAAUCGUCCUGUGGGUCAUCUGCCAUUUCUUUGAUGGACAUACAACAAAGGGUUUUAUUUGGUGCUUGUCGCUCCAGAAAAUUGACAUUGUUAGGAUAGUUCCAUAAGUGUAGAAUGCAACCGACAGUAUUUUACAAGGUUUGUAGUGUCAUAGACAACAUGUUUCAUGCCGGUCAGAUAUUUUUUGAAGAAUACUCCCACUUAUGCAUUUAGAAGUUAGAGGGCAAACGGGUGUUGGGGAACAAAUGCUAAAUGUACUGCCAUUAAAGCAUGAGAGAAGUCUCGCAGGGUUUAUCCUUCUGAAGAGAGAAUCUCAGAUUUGAGGAGUCGAGACAUGGCUUCAGAUUUGUCCAAAUGCACAAUCCUGCAGUGUUGUUUGGUCAGUGGGCAAAGGACUUUUCAAAUGACUACAAUAAACCUUUUCAUAUUUGUUUUCAAUAAAGGUACAUUUAUGCC